AUGUUGAGAAACUCCAUCGCUAGAAAUGUCACCUCCAGGCUCCUCCUGAGAAAUGGUCAAACCUUGAGUAAAAAUGUUGCAACUGGCUUGAAAUUCACCCCGGUUAGAUACAACAGUACUUUGAAAUCAGAAGACCAAGUUAAACCAGUUUUCACUAGAUUAUCAGACGAAAAUGAUCCAGAAAGAAACCUUUUUUUCAAGUACACUUGGGGUACCUGGUUGAAAAACGACAAACAAGAAAAGGAAAAACGUUUCACCAGCUUCUCUAUCGAGGGUUUGAACAAGGUUGUCCAAGGAUUGUUUCAAGCCGAGCCAGUCGCUGAUGGGACAUUGCCAAAACCAUUGAAAAAUUCUGACAACACUGUUUCAUUCACCCAAAACAUUAAAGAUUUGGUCGGGGAUGUCAAAGAAGCCGAUAAGCUUUUUGUCAAGACCAUGUCCAGUAUUCAUGAGGGUAAACACAACAGGGUGUACAAGAUCGAGUUGAGUAAUGGAAAAGCACUCGUUUUGAGAGUUCCUUACAAGUUAUUGACCGAAUACGCCACCUCCAGACAAAUUCAAAGUGAAGCAGCCACUCUUGAUUUCGCAAGAUACAAAUUAGGCGUUAGAGUCCCAAAGGUUCUUAGUUAUGGUAUGCAUUCUUUAAACCCCGUGAGAACUCCGUACAUUUUGAUGGAAUAUGUCGAAGGGGACUUGUUGAUGAAGCAAUGGGACCCUGCUGUGGAAACUUCUGAUCCUUCUCACAGAGACACCUUGAACAAAGUCAUCAAGCCAUUGUCUAAUUUCCAAAAGAAACUCUUGUCGGUAGAAUUCAACCAAUUUGGUUCGUUAUAUUUCACUGAUGACGUCUCCCCUCAAUUACAAUUGAAAGGUGAACCAUAUGCCGGGGAAACUGAUGACAACUUGAAAGGUAGAUGGAGAAUGGGAUUGUCUAUGGACAGAAACCUUUGGAGAAAUAAAGAACAAUUGCAACCAUCCCAAUUUAAUCCUUUAUUGGGUCCUAUUGACAAAUCUCAACCUGAAAAGAUUAUUCAAGACGCCGCUAAUAUGGAAAUUGAAAACUUGAGAUCUAGAUUAGGUCUCACUGACGCCGAUGCCUCUAAUAAGGUCGAAGAUCCAGAAUUGUUGAAAAGAGAAAUCAAGGUCUAUGAAAAGCUUGCGCACAUUGCUCCUUUCUUAAUCGAUGAUAAAUCCAAUGCCAUUCCAAAAGUUGAAGAAUUAUUCAAGCCACGCUUGGCCCACCCUGACAUUGAUCCAAUGAACGUCAUCCUGAGCAAGAAUGGUGAAUUGGUAUUUUUGGACUUUGAAAAUGUCACCGUUAAGCCAUUUAUUUACACCAAAUCUCCAGACUUUGUCAACUACGACGGGUAUAAGAUUUAUGACUUGGCAGACAUUCCAGAUUUUGAAAAAUUGUCGGACCAAGAAAAGUAUGAGUACUCAUUGAUGCAAAAGAGAAGCAGAAACCAACAUUUGUGGGAAUUUGCCUUGAACGAAAACAACAGGGAAUUGAUCUCUUCGGUUUCCCCAUACAUCAAGGAAUUGAAAUCACCAUACACCGUCCUGCUUUUAUCAAGAAAUGAUAAAGACUAUCUUUUUAUUGAAGAAGCACUCCUUAAACUCAAGCAUAACUGGACUCCAUACCUCGAUAGUGGAUUGGUCAAGGAUGAUGGGUCUAAGGAAUAUCCUGUCAAAUGGUCAGAAGAAGAUUUGAAGUCAUUUGAAGCUGCUUUCACAGAAUACCAAAAGGAAUUGAUGAACAGACCAUUUGCCGCCACUCAAGGAUGGGUGCCUCAAGACACUUUUGAAAAAUUGUUAGGCCAAGGGUUCCUUGAAAAAGUUGAUGAUGAAUACAAAUUCAAGAAGGAUUAG